AUGCGGCCCAACGGGAACGCCAAGCCCAUGCUGAGAAAAUCCCUCACGAAAAUGUUUCUUCCGGCCCAGGUGCCAUCUCCACGAGUGGCUGGUCCGCAGGGCCCCGCGUGCGCGGAGAAGGACUGCUCCCUGAUCGAGAUGCUGACCAGCCAGGAGCAGGCGCCGGCCUUCUACCUGGUUCACUACUGGGGCGACUUGGUGCUGAACCUGGUGGACGCCAUCAAGGUGCACAUGCAGAGCCGAAAUUUGGAAGAGACCACGGCCUAUUGGCUGGCCUGCCUCGCCAAUCGGCCCCACUCCUUGCAGGAUGCGUUUUGCGCCGAUCUGAAGAUGACAUGCUUCCACAAGGCGCUGACGGCCGCCAAGCUGCGGGCUGUGAUCGCGGUGGAUCCCAAGACGGAGGUCAGUAUGCCGGCGACCUGCUUCUCCCGGCUUUGGUGCUUGUAUGAGCUGGCCAUGUGCACAGAGCCCAACUGCCAGCUGGACUUCAUCCAGACCAAGCUCCAGCCGCAGCUGAUGUCUCUGCGGCAAGCGGCCGCCACGCUGGGCUACCGCAACGCGCUGCUCAACGGCCCCAAGCUGCUGCUGGCGGCGGUCCGCUCCAAGUUGGCCGGGGAUGGCGCCGCCGACGCCGUACUGCGCUAUGUGAUGGCUGAGCAGAGCACAGGGGAGCCGGGCCGCCUGCCGCAGCCCCCGGAGAACGGCCGCCUUCGGCUCUACGGUUGGGAGCUGAGCUACUUCACCGGAAAGAUUCGGGGCUACCUCCGAUACAAGGAGCGGCACAGCAGCCUUCGGUUCGAAGAGUUCGUUGCAGACCCGGGCGUCGUGAAAGACGUGUUGGUGCCUGCCACUGGCAGCACCUUGGUGCCGCAAGUGCAGCUCCCGGACGGGCGCUUCGUGCAAGACUCCACGGAGAUCAUGGACAGGGUGGAGGAGCUAUGGCCUACACCUUCCGUGUUGCCCCCGGAGUCAUGCCCCAAGCAGCGCUUGGUGUGUCACAUCGUGGAGUUGCUCAGCGACGAGUGGCUCUUGGUCCCGGCUUUCCACUGGCGCUGGGCCUACUCCGGCGACGGCUCCGCGGCCCACCGCAUGCCCAGCUUCAUGGGCGGCGUGACGCCCACGCCGAAUCACUUGCAGUACAACUUGGAGCAGUGGGGCGCCUUCCUGCGUCCCGAAGGGACUGUGGAAGAACAGGUGCGAAGCGCCCAGUUCCUCUUCGACCACAUCUUCCUGGGCGGCCUCGGCGGCAUCAAGCGCGGUAUGGUGGCCCUGGGCGUCACCGACGACACGGUGGCGGCCUGGGAGGCCUCCUGUCGGAACCUCCUGGGGCUCUUUGAGGAGCACUUCCGGCAUCACCCUUUUGUCUUGGGCUCCAGGCCCAGCACGGCAGACUUCAGUCUGCUGGGCCCCAUUUGGGCCCACCUCCUCACGGACCCCGUCCCCGGCGCCAUGCUGCGCCGCGAGUUCCCCCGGGUCUCCUCGUGGGCGGAGCGUCUGCACGCAGGGGGCGCCCCCUGCGCCGCGGAUCUGCGCGCGGAGGGGGACUGGCUGCCGGAGGACGCGGUGCCGGAGACGAUGCUGCCGAUCCUAGAGGUCUUCUUUGAUGAGAUGUGGCCGGUCCUGGAAAGCAGCUGCGUUCAGGUGACCGGAUACUUGCAGGGAAAGCCCCCGGAUUUUCGCCUACCCAACAAGUCGUUUGUCCCCGUGAGCCCAGAUCAGCUGCACCACGGACCGCUGACCCAUGACUUCCGCCUGCCCUUCGACGCCCAAGGGCGCAAGGAGGGCGAGAGCCUGGGCCGGCGGAUGGUCGUCCCGUACCAGCUCUGGAUGCUGCAGCGCCUGGAGGCCGCCGUGGCUUCCGCGCCCGAAACGCCGCUGCGGGAGUUCCCGCGGGCCCAGCUGCUGCGGAAGCUGCCGGCGCUGCUGCGCGGCUGCCGGCUGCGGAAAGAGAGCCGCUUCCUGGUGGCGGAUCGUCCGGAGGUGCGGGCCGGGAAGAAGGCGGUGGUCUCCCAGUACUUGACCAAAGAGGAGCAGGACGCCGAGCUCCGUGUCCCCCAGUCCGGGUACAAGGCACAGAGCGAUAGAGAGAAGUCCUUCAGUCUACAAACGAUGGAAAUCGCUCUGGGCGCCUCGGUGGCGCGCGCGCAGAUCACGGACCCCAGCGAGCGCCGGCAGAUCUUGAAUUCCCUGGCGAAGCGGGACAACUCGGAGGAGGUGGUCGAGGGGCAUGCGGAGUACGACCUCGUGUCCAAACGGCUGCGCGCCCUCUUCGCCCUGACCUUCUGGCGCCGCGUGAUGGGGGGCAACGUCAGCGACAGCGAUGUCCAUCGGGUGCAGCUGAAGCUGGUUGAUGUGCUGCACAAAGGCUUCAAGCACCGGUGCCUGGAGUUGGACAUGGCCUUCAUGCAAGUUUGCUCGGAGAAGCUGAAGAUGCUGCGGGCCUGCAUCCCGUCGGCGCUUCAGGAGCUCAAGCUGGACCUCAGGGAGGUGGAGCUGAGCAACGAGGACCUCAUGGCGCUGGCCACAGGGCUGCCGAGAGAACUGGAGGACCUCACGCUGAACCUGGGCGGCAACGAGGAUCUCAACGACGACGGCGUGGAGGCGUUUAUGGCCAAGCUGCCCAGCAAGAUGAGGAGUAUGGCGCUGGAUCUGAAGAAGACCAACGUAGGCAAGGAGCUGUCCCAGCGGCAGGGCAACUACGAGAGCAUGCGGAAGUACCUGGCGGAGCAGGCCGCCAAGGCCAUCCAGUGCACCUUCGUCAACAUCAUCCCCUCCGCGACGAGGCAUGUGACGUACACAGUCACCAAGAAGACCCUGCCGCCGCUGACAAACAACAAUUGA